AUGGCGCUCCAGCUCCCGCCGUGGUUUGGUCCGCGCGCGGUCCUUGAGGGGGUCGAGCUGCUCGUCCUCAACGACAACAACAACGCCGCUCGGGGGUGGACCAGGAAACAUAUCAGGGGCUCCCUGAUGCAGAGACACCAGCGGAACCAGCAGGAGCCGCCAGGCUUCGACGCUGCGGUGCGGACGAUGCUCUCUGAGCUCCGCAAGAGAGGCAAUCUGAUGAUGGGAGUCGGAGGGCGGCAGCAUUACACGCUGUCCCGCACCCCUCCCUGCUUGCCGCCGUGGUUUACUCCGCAGGUGAGAGGCCACCUUGCCAGGGGAGCCAACGGCCCGCAGCACUACACGCGGCAGCAGGCUCCAGCCCUCCUCCAGCCCAAUCCUAUUCACAUCCCCGACUUUCUCUGGGGCUAUUAUCUCGGCUACGAGCUGGGCAACAAUAACGGCUUAGAUAAUGGUGUCGAGCUGGGCCAGGUGAUAGCCGGCGUACUCCAUGGCUGA